AUGGGAAGCGUUUCACCCCCUAGUGGUAAUCCUCAGGACUACUUGAGUUGGGCACCAUACCACUGGCCAGCAUGCAAUUGGUGUACAAAGGGUACCACCCAUUUGUCGAAUCCGGCUUGGACCACUUGUCCAUAUGAGGUCCGCGACGGCAAGGUGAAUCCAGACGUGUCCACGCUGCCCGAUUCCCCAGCGGUUGUCCACAUGACCGAGUCGGUGCUCUACAACAGCCUGGCCUAUGUUAUGCAAAAGACGGGCUCGUACUCGAAAAACGCAGCGUCGUUCAUUGAUGCCUUCUUCCUCUCGCCUUCAACUGGUAUGCGCCCGAACAUGAACUUCGGCCAAAUGGUGCGAGGUCCGGGGCAGGACCACCAAAUAGGGACUUUCACUGGAGUGCUCGACCUUCGCUUUUUGGUGAAGGUGGUCAACAGCGUGCAGUUGUUGAAAGCCGCUGGGAGUCCAGAUUGGACAUCCGCCAGAGAUCAGGCAUUGACGUCCUGGAUGAACCAGUACUCCUCGUGGCUGCAGACCAGCGAUCUCGGGAAGCAGGUUGCUUCGAAGGCUAACAAUCAUUACACCUUCUAUGUCAACCAGCUCGCCGCCGCAAAGAUGUACGUUGGCGACACCAAGGGCGCAACGGCAGCUCUGCAGAGCUACUUCUCCAACCAAUAUUUGGAUCAGAUUGCCGCGUCGGGAGAGCAACCAUUUGAAGCCGUCAGGACUAGGCCGUACCAUUAUCGUUGCUUCAACCUGGAAGCCAUGAUUACAAAUGCGAAGCUAGGUGACCAGCUCGGUACGAACUUCUGGUCUGCCAAGUCGAAGUAUGGUGCUACUAUUCAGACGGCUCUCGACUACACCAUGGGGCUCGAUCCGAAGGGUGAGGACGUCUCUGACAUCUUUCCGCAUGUCGCAGCUGUAGCUGCGGCCUACGGUGAUCCCAGUGGAAAGUACGCAGCAUUUUUACAGAAGCAGGUCAGCAGCUACAAGAGCAUGCCCUUCUGGUUCUAUGAUCAGACCAGUGCCUUGCCGAACUCUCCUGCCGCACACUCAACACAGAAGCGAGCAGGCAUGGACAAGGCAUUCGCGGCUGCAGAGGACAUAAAGGAGAUGAUGGUGAACACAGUGCUUAAAGCCUCGCAGAUCCCUUUCGAAUGUCCGGCCGUCUUUACGCUCGGCCCUGAGACGGAACUCGAUGAUGGGAUAUUCGUGACGUGCAAACAGGUGGAGCCAUUCUACGAGAUUCAAAUACCUCUUAAUUCUAGUGCUAUUGCGAUGUAA